UAAUUAAAUGUGUCAAACUGGAACAUGCAGACGAUUUAAGCAUGCAACAAAGGAUAACAAUUUUAAUCAGUGAGACCUUACUGAUAUGGUGGACAGACAUAGGAUAUGAUCGUUAUUUUGUCAAAAACUAUGCUUAGAAUAUUCUGGAAACAGAAGCAUCAGAUUUCACAGAUCAUAACCACAGCCACAGGGGAAUCUGUCAUUAUUUUAUUAAAUCUAUAUAGACCUAUUGAUGUUUAUGAUUUGUAGAUAUUAUCACUUGCAUAAAGAAUAAAAGAAAAAGAGAACUUCUCAAGUAGAAGUCUACCAGUAGGCCUAAAGUACACUUAAAACUUAAAAGAAGUCCAAGGAGUACACCAGUUAUACAAGACGAGGGCACAGAUGCGGAGACACGUAGACAGAUUGCGAGAGAGUCGGACAAAAUACGACGUGAGAUGGAACGUGAACGUAGAGCAAAGUCAAUGUCGCCAGGACGUGAACGCUCUCCAACACGCACAUAUCUUACCCUCACACAGUCACCAAAGACUUUAUAUGACAAAGGGGACAGACCAAACAUAAAUGGUGGUGUUGGUGGUGGUAAAAGUCUGUCAGAUGAAGAAAAGGAAAGGUCAGCUGAGUUGAAAGCCACACAGAGUGCCCUUGAAGUGACACAGAGUGCCCUCGUUGAGGCCCGGAAAAAUUUAAAGGAGGUGCAAGCCCAGUUUGAGGAUGUCAGAACGCAGGUGAUGUUAUCUGAAUAUAAGAAAGAGAACUCCUCCAAACAACUUGCCCGUAUAUCAAAUGAUCUACAGAGGAAACAGGCCGAGGCUCAGAACCUCGACACGCAAACAAAGAGCAGAAUGGAGGAGCUUAAACAGUUUGAUGCCAUAGGUUUCACCAAAGAUGAGGCUGUACAAAUAAUAGGAGAGAAUGAGAAGAUGAAGAGUAGAUUAAGGAAUCUAGAUGCCAUACAUGCUGAGAGAGAUGAGUUGAUACAACAGCUUGAUACUACCAAACAAGAAUUGUUUACUGAACAGAGGGAAGCUAGAACUAAAAUUGAUGAACUUAAAGAAGAGAUAGAGAAUGUUACAAGUACAUAUGAGCAAACACAGACAGAGAGGGAUGAAGCCAAUAAAAAACUGCAGAAACUUGAAGCUGCAUACAGGAAAAUGGAGAAAGAAAAAAAUGAACUAAUUCAGGCAAUUAAUUCUGAGGAGAAAACUCGUCAUUAUGAAGAGGAACGUGAAAAGUACAAGACGGAGAAAAGUGAGUUACGUAAACGUAACUUAGACGAGAUGGAAACAAUGAGACAAGAUCUUAUCAGAAUGACAAAUAAGGUCGCUGGGUUACAAGAUGAAGUAAGGGCAAAAGAGGAACUACAUUUACAGCUCAGGGAUCAGAUUUUGACGCUGCAAGAGAAGUACGACAACGAGAAAACCAGUCGUAACUCGAUCCUUGAUGAACAUAAAAAGACACUUCAGACUCUUAGAAAAGAUACUGACACCGCCAUGGUUCAGAUGAGAGAGUCGUUAUUCCUGGAGAAGCAGAAGACAGUUGAUAUGAUGCGUGAAGAGUUAGAUCAGGAGAGGCGGGACAUCGCUGCACGUACAGAGGAAAGGUAUGCGGCACAAAUCACAGAGCUUGAAACAAUCAUAAAGGCUAAAUCAGAUGAGAUUUUACAUUUGAGUAAAUUAGCUGCUAAAUUAGAAACAGAUCUGACUAGAAGUAAGGUGAACAUGGAGGAUGAAAUAAAAAUGCAGACUGCAAGCAUGCUCUGAUUUUUAGAACAGUUCAUUGUUAAUGGACAUGAAUUCUAAAACGGAGGACAAGUGUUUGGAAUUAUUUUUGUGUCCAAUAGAAUUACAGUAUUUUAAAUGAAACAUAACACAUAUUCCUUUGAUAAAUUGGCAAACUGUUAAUCAGUCUAAUAAAUCAAUUGUUUAUAAAAAUAAUUUCAAUCGC